GCUACCCGGGCGCGCCGGGCGUCUCGUGCCGGGGAGGGGGGGUGGUGUCGGCGAUGGCCACGGGCAACGGGGGCUCGGCGAGAGGCGGCGAGGGGGCGGCCGCCGCGGCCAUGCCGCCCCCGCCCCCCGUGUCCCCUCCCGCCCUCACGCCGGCGCCGGCCGAGGGGGAGGAGGCCCCGCCGCGCCCGUCCGAGGCGGGGGCGCCCGGCUGCUCGGGCUCGCGGCCCCCCGAGCUGGAGCCCGAGCGCAGCCUGGGCCGGCUGCGGGGCCGCUUCGAGGACGACGACGAGGAGUUGGAGGAGGACGAGGAGCUGGAGGAGGAAGAGGAGGAGGAGGAGGAGGAGAUGAGCCACUUCUCGCUGAGGCUGGAAGGGGGGCGGCCGGACUCCGAGGACGAGGAGGAGCGUCUGAUUAAUCUCUCUGAGCUGACCCCGUACAUCUUGUGUUCCAUUUGCAAAGGUUACUUGAUAGAUGCGACCACCAUUACAGAAUGUCUUCAUACCUUUUGUAAAAGCUGCAUUGUAAGACAUUUUUACUAUAGCAACAGAUGUCCAAAAUGCAACAUAGUAGUGCAUCAGACUCAACCUCUUUAUAACAUAAGGUUGGACCGGCAGUUACAAGACAUAGUGUACAAAUUAGUGAUCAAUCUAGAGGAAAGAGAAAAAAAGCAAAUGCAUGAUUUCUAUAAAGAAAGAGGUCUAGAAGUACCUAAACCUGCUGUUCCACAGCCAGUUCCGUCAAGCAAAGGAAGAUCUAAGAAAGUCUUGGAAUCAGUGUUUCGGAUUCCACCUGAACUUGAUAUGUCUUUAUUACUAGAGUUUAUUGGUGCUAAUGAAGGCACGGGACAUUUCAAGCCAUUGGAAAAGAAGUUUGUCCGAGUUUCAGGAGAAGCAACUAUCGGGCAUGUAGAAAAAUUCCUCAGAAGGAAAAUGGGUCUUGAUCCAGCUUGUCAGGUUGAUAUCAUCUGCGGUGAUCACUUGCUGGAGCGGUUUCAGACUCUCAGGGAAAUUCGGCGCGCCAUUGGUGAUGCAGCAAUGCAGGACGGCCUCCUGGUUCUUCAUUAUGGGCUUGUGGUUUCUCCUCUGAAAAUUACUUGAAGAAAAUUACUUGAAGAUUCUAAGAGUAUGAGGCAGGGAACAAAAUAAGGCAACUUUCGCAGGAUUGCACGUCACCAAAGAACUCCAUGAAACAUGUAAUGGCUACCACUUAGUGCUGUACAAGACAAACAGGAUCAUCCUCAGCGCCAAGAAUUAGAGCAUUUAAAAAUGCAACUUGGAAUGAUGAAAUGCAUCUGACUUUAACUAGAGACUGUAUAUUAAAAACAUUCUUAGCUCAGGGGAAGUUUUCAAAGCAUUGAAUUUUUAAUUCCUUAUGAUUUCAAACACUUUGACACUGAUUUUGCUUCCUGAUCUUUGAAGCAAAUUGGUUACUGUGCUUUGAGCCAAGGCCCUUUCGAGUUAGGGUUCUGCUCUCUAAUCCCGCACUUGGGAAGUUAUUCUUUUGGGAAAGAAGGUUGCUUUUGAACUGAAUAUUCUGAGCCAGUCUUGGUUAAACUACAGAGUGUAUCUCCCAGAGACCAUGACUUAGGGCUACUUUUAUAUGUUGCCAUCAUAUUUUAAACCUGUAUGUCUGUUCUUUUUAGAUUCCAACAACACUACUGAAGAAAUUUUACUCACUUGUAAACAGAAUGAAUGAUCAUUCUGUCUCUCUAGCCUUCAGCUUCAGAAUGACUUCUCUAACAUCUCUUACAAAACAGGGGUGCUCUUCAGAAAAUUUAUUUUGUCCUUUGAAUGUUAAUUUGAUUAUCAUUCAUCCUAUUCGCAUACAUACAAUGAUUACCUUGUAAUGACACUGCUUCUGAAAGUAAUUUUUAAGAUACUGAAUGAAUUUGAGAAGUUUACCUAAUACCUAUUCAUGGUUUCUUCAAUAAGAAAUUUAAUGUUCAUUUUCCCAGUACUUUGUCGGAGAGAUAAAAAUUCUGGAUGGAGACUGGGACUAGAGCUCAGUUGCCCUGUGUGUGUCGGGGGCCUGAGACUCGGGAUUCAGUCCCUGGCAUCUCACACACACAGAUUCGAGUGAUUAAGUAUUUACAUGCAUGCAAAGGCUUCAGUUUUAAACAUUGUUUUGCCUUCAGUUAGCAUUGUGUUGCUUUCAAAAAUGAAAUCCAUUGUUGACCCUAUGUUGCUGCAAAAUUUCUAAGUCUGCAUAGAAAGAAUCACAAUUAGACAAGGAUUGACAGUUGUUAAAAAAUUUGUGAAUUAUAUAUAAAUCUCUUAACAUUUAAUGAAAUUUUAAAAUAAAAGUUUAUUUUAACCUAC